GUGAGUGACGUCAGGGCAGCGGCGGUUAGUCUGAGUGGCGGUGACCAUGGCGGAGGAUGUGGCUGUUUCAGAGGAGGCUUUAGCCGGUGCCCUGAAUCUGUUGGUCAGUUUGGGGCAAAUAUUACUCCAGAAUGCCCAGCAGGAAGCAGCAGCAUCUCUGCAGACUUUUGUUCCUCAUAAGAUCACUACCUUAUUUGGUUUGAUCACAGCUGGGGAACAUUUCUACAGAAGAAUUGGAGUGAAGACAAAAGGUGAAGCAGAGGCUGUUUGGCAGAAAUUAUACCACCUUGCAGCAGUCAGAGAGCAAGUAGAAGAGCUUCUCAAACUGGAGAAUGAGUGGGACUCCUUCCUGCAGAGCGUGGACAAAGAUUUGACUGAUGAGACGACUGAUGAGGAACUAUCAGGAGCAAAGCCAGCAGACAACUUAAGUCCUGACUGUGUAUUCACUGAUGCACGAUCAAAAGAGAGUGUGACUCUGGGUCAGUUCUUGGGUCAGAAGCUGCUGCUGGUUCUCCUUGGAAAUUUUGGAUGGCUGCCGUGACGGGACCAUGUGGCUGAGCUGGAGGCCAAUCAGACCCUCCUGGAGGCCCAGUCAGUGCGGGUCAUGGUGGUUUCCUUCGGCGGUGUGGAGGGAGCUCAGCUGUGGCUGGAACAGACAGGAUGUACCUUCGAAAUGCUGUUGGAUUCACAAAAAAUGGUCUACCGCAGUUUUGGGCUUAGCUCCUCCUUCUCCAAGGUGUUGAAGUUUGGCUGCCUGAUGCAGUUUUCAGAGUUCAGCGCUGCAGACAGAGACUUCCCUGACUUCCCACAUCAACUCCUGGAAGACAUUUAUCAGCUGGGAGGGGAUUUUUUACUGGACGAAACGGGAAAGGUGCUUCUCUCUCAUCCAUCUAAAAACCCUCUGGACAGAGUGAGUUUGACAGACGUCCUGCAAGCCGCUGAGGACGACUCCACCAGCAGCUAUGAAGAUAAAAAUUAACAAAAGCCGUAAAAAAAACAUUGAUACCACAGAAGAAGACCGGCUCUUUGACGCACAUCGAUGACGUCUCGUCUCACACUCGCUACGAAGAGAUGCGGCUGAUGGAGAACUGUGCAGAAAAGACAAAACUGAUCUUCUUUUGUCAUGUCAAUGUUGUGAUUUAAAACGAAAAGUCAUAUUCAUUUGUUGCUUAACUAAAAAUAUACAGUUGAAACCAGAUAUUUGCAUACACCAUAUAAAAAGCAUCAUUCUGUUCUGCACAUCAACCUUGGAACCAAAGUAAAACACUCUGAACCAGGUCUUAACAAAUUGAAAGGCCGCUCUGGAGGAAGAAGCCAAUACGCCAGAAUCGAGAUAAAUAAAAAACAAUUUUAGCUUCAAUAUUUGGAUAUAUAUGGCUAAUGCGGACCAAAUGCCAUGCAGAAAAUUGACUUCAUCAUUAAUAAUUUCUCCUUCUGUUUGCUGAUUGUCCAGGUUAAAAAUCUACCAGAGUUUAGAAUGCAAGUCUGAUAAAUGCAAACAGAAGAAGAAAAAAUCUGUCAUUAUUCUGGCAUUUAGUUAAUAAAAUGAUUUUGGUGCAUUACAAGAUGUUUUGCCUUUAGAUGCAGUGUAUGUAAACAUCUUUCAAAUGUACCGCAAUCCUUAACAAUUAUACAUUCAUACACAUUCAUAAUCUUAGAGGCAUAUCAACAGCAGCAAAUAUUAGGAGUAGAUUUGUAAAGGUGAUUGACUUUAUUGUUGAAUAAUCAAGCAUCACAAAGCUACAACUUACUGCUUAAUUAAACUAAUUAUGUUUCUUUUGGAAAGAACAACAAAAAUUUUUAGGUAGUGUAGAUAAAUGUUCAUUCAGCAUGUCUCCAAAACCCAACAUAUCCAAAAACAAAUGUACUGUUGGUAUUUAUGAUGAACACUUCUACUGAAAUCAUCUGAUCUAAACUUAUACCAAGGAAAAUAAAAACCCAAGCUGUCAUUUUA